GAAAUAUCAUUAUGCCAGCUUAUCACUCUAACCAAAUACCUGCCAAGUCAAUUGCUAAUGUAGGUUUGCUGCCAUUGCGAUGUACCACAAAGUUUCGAGGACCUGCUCCUAGAGCCCCUCCAAAUUCUGAACAAGAUGUUAUUGAUGAAGCGCUGUAUUUCUAUCGUGCAAACAUAUUUUUUCGUAAUUAUGACAUCAAAGGAGAUGCAGAUCGCACUUUGAUCUAUGUUACCCUGUAUCUACAACAAUGUUUGAAGAAAUUGCAGAGAACCACUACCAAAGAACAAGGCAGGAAAGAGAUGUACAGUCUUGCUGUGUCUCCUUUCGAUAUCCCAGGGGACCCAGGAUUUCCUCUUAACGCAAUGUAUGCAAAGCCUCAAUCUCGACAAGAUGCGGAUCAGAUGAAGGCAUACUUCCAGCAGAUUCGACAUGAAGCUGGAGAAAGGCUCCUGGAUAAAGUUUAUGAUCCGAGCACUAACUCGCUAAAUAAAUGGUGGAUCUGUUACUCCAAGCGACGCUUCAUGGACAAAAGUUUGUCUGCACCUGGCCAAUAAUGUUGCUGUGGAACUUGGACCACAAUUCACUAUAAUGCAUAUUCCAGAAAUUAAAAAAUUAUGUGUAUGAACUGUAUGGGCAUACAAUACAUCACAUAGUUAUGUCCGAACAAUGACUAAAAAUUUGUUCAACUUGUAUAAUCAUUAUAUCUAUAUUGUAUCAGUGUUGAGUGCAAGCCGCUGAACAUUUAGCCACAGGUUAUCAGAGUUUCAAUAACUUUUUAAAGCUAGUUACUGCACUGCCGAUAUAUACCAUGAGUCGAGUUGCAGUAAUUUGCAUUAGCAAUAGUGAAGUGCUGAAAUAAAGUUCACAUUGUUUUGCGAUGAACUAAUGCUUUUUUGAAACCCAAACUGAGAUUAUCAUUGUGUGACUUGCUUACUCAUACUUCAGAAAUGUUUUGAUUCAAUGACCCAAAUUUAUUUAUUCAAAGCAGUGCAAAAGAUGUUGAUACUCUUUUAUUGCUGCUCUCAAAUUUUGUAAUUUGUUCAUGUCAUGAUUAUAUGAAGUCAUUUUAUGUCAAAGGCAUAUGUAAUGAUAAAUUGAUACUUAUAUUCGUGGCAAAUGCGGAUUUUUCGGGGCUCCCGAAGUAUGCGAACCAAGAUGGCGGACAUCGGAAUGUAAUAUGUGUACUAGGUUAGGGUUAGGCCAUAAUAUUAGGUAUAAAUACUACGGGAGGCUCUUGGCUAGUC